AACAAACACAUGUCAUGCUCAUGCACCCCCCAUUUCUCUUUCCGUACACUUCACCGGUCCCCGCCACACCCCUCCCAUCCACAUUCUCCACACUGCACCGUGUCGUUUCAAUUCAUCUCAGUUUCUUGUUUCUCUAUAAUAACUCAUUUCAAAGUACAACCUCAUUUUUAUUUUUCAAACCCCAAAUAAACAACAAACAAACUUUCCUUUUUUUUUUUUGUAAAAAUAAUAAAAUACUUCACCAUUGUGAGUGAAAUUCGGUAUUGACUUUCCUUCCAUUGAUAGCUGCUUCUGAUUCAAUAUAGCAACCUUUCCUUCUCAAGAAUUACUAAAGUUUCUCUCUAGAAAAGGAACCGGUUGAGCUUUGCAAUUCAAUCUCAAAAUUCAGAUCUUGAGCCUUCACAAGCAUUUCAAAGUUCAAGCUGGUUUGGUUUCUCAAACACUUGUUGAAGAGCUUUGCUUUGAAUUUUGACUUUGUUUGACUUGAGUGACUUGUAUUCCUAGAGUUUAGUAUAGUCUUCAAAUUUGAGUUGAAAAACAUGGUCUUAGUUUAUUGUUUGUGAUUUUGGUUUUGAUUUUUAUGAUUAUUCUAUAUAAUAGUGUAUAAUGUAUUGGGGUUGGUGGAGUUAAUUAGUAUACUUUAAGUGUUGUGAGGUUUGAAUAUGCAAAUAAACUAUUGUAUUGGUUCUUAGUUGACUCAUUUUUCAUGCUAAGUCCAUGGUUUUAACUUGUAGCUUUUAACAUUAUACUAGAUUUUGCAUAACUGUGAGAGGGAUAUUCGGUCUUUUGAUAUGGAAGUCACAUUUUCAAGGUGUUGAAUUGAAGAUUGGUUAAAAGUUAGAAAGUGGGAUUUUCGUGUGGAAGGUUUGUAUCUACUCUAAGUGUAAGAUAUGCUGAGCUCUGAUGACGAUGGAGAUUUUGAUGUAUUCUAUGACUCAUUGGAUAGUUUGUCAGGUCAAGAAUCUGUUUUAGCCGAAGAAGAGUUUGGUUUCGAAUGGCGUUAUGAUGAAAUUUGGGUGAAUGAGCCUGUUAGUGUGAAAGAAAGAAGAGAACUUUUUCUGCAGGGUAUGGAUUUAGCUUAUAGUUCUUCCAAGAUUCUCUCUCAAGAAAAAACUAUGAGGUUUAAUGAGAGGAUCAUGGAGUGCAGUGGAGCAGUCUCAAAUGCGUGCAUUUUCCCUUCUGAUAAAGUAUCUGAGAAGACGGUUUUCUCUGGAUGGAAUGCGACUUCUGAGGCAGAAGUCUUGUUGGAAGGACUUAAAGGGCGUCGCGAGGAUGAAGUUGAUGCAAGUUUUCAAUGGAAAAUGGAUGAGAGGGUGGAUGCAACUUCUACAGCUCCCGAGCACAGAGAAAGAGAAGAUGAAGCACAAGAAGAAUUUUGGGAUUUUGAUAAGAGUAAAACUAGUAGGAAUAACUGGUGGAAGCGCUUCGUAAAUGUCGGAAAAGGCGACGAAGGAAAAGUUAGAUCAAAACUUAGUACAGGGAUGAAUAAAACUAGUAGAAUAAAGGUAAGACGGAAUAAAAAGAGGUGGCUUGAGUUCGGUGAGGUAUAUGUUGGACAAGAGAUUAAAGCUCACAAAGGAUUGGUAUGGACUAUGAAAUUCAGUCCUAAUGGUGAGUAUUUAGCUAGUGGAGGUGAAGAUGGUGUCGUGCGCAUAUGGCGCGUUAUGUCACGUGACAAAAGCCAGCCCUUCAUUUUCCUUCCAAAUGAUAUUUUUCAAAUUGAGGAAUCACCACUGCAAGAAUUGUUUGGUCAUUCCAGUGAUAUCUUGGAUUUGGCUUGGUCUAAUUCAGAUAUUCUUCUCUCGUCUUCUAUGGAUAAAACUGUCCGCACUUGGAAAAUUGGUUGUGAUCAAUGUCUAUGUGUUUUCCCUCACAAAGACUUUGUGACGUGCAUUCAAUUCAACCCUGUUGAUGAAAAUUACUUCAUCAGUGGAUCAAUAGAUGGUAAAGUUCGAAUAUGGGGGAUAUGCGAAGAGCGAGUUAUUGACUGGGCAGAUAUACGAGAUGUCAUAAGUGCUAUAAGUUACCAACAAGAUGGGAAAGGAUUUGUAGUUGGUUCUGUUACAGGUACUUGCCGAUUUUAUGCUGCUUCAGGAAAAUAUUUCAAGCUUGAGGCUCAGAUACAUAUCUGUGGAAAGAAGAAAGCAUCAGGCAACAAGAUUACUGGCAUUCAGUUCUUCCAAAACAACUGUCAGAGAAUUAUGAUCACGUCAGAAGAUUCCAAAAUUCGCAUAUUUGAUAGAACUGAGAUUGUUCAGAAAUACAAAGGCCUUCCGUGGUCGGGAAGUCAGAUGUCUGGUUCAUUUACAUCAAGUGGGAAACAUAUAAUUUCGGUUGGAGAAGACUCGCGUGUUUAUAUUUGGAACUUCAAUGACUUUGAAAGUGCUUCUUCGAAAAAAAAGAAAUACCAGCAUUCUUGUGAAUAUUUUUCCUUCAAGGGCGUAACGGUCGCAAUACCUUGGUGUGGCAUGAAAGAAGAAGAUAGAAAUAACAUUUCGCGUCGUAUUUCAGAAACAAAAGGCAAGCUAGAGCUUGGUUCCGAGGUUAGAGAUACAGACCGCUUUUCUCUCGGCAAUUGGUUCUUCAUAGAUGGUACAUGCCGAGGUUCUAUGACAUGGCCUGAGGAGAAACUUCCAACAUGGGGUUUACCUCUUGCAGAAGAUGAAUAUGAUCAUUGGAAGUUAUAUAAAAAAGACAGUAGCCAUGGCAAGAGUAAAUCAGAUACACGGGGACUCACUAUAGUGGCAGCUGGAAGUGAUGGAACUAUCAAGACAUUCCACAACUUUAGUUUGCCUGUUAGGCUCUAAGACAAUGCCAUGUUCAUUGUUUUCCAUUUUUGAGGAGAUAUUUUGGCUUCAUAAGGGUCUAAAUUUAACAGUGGUGGCCUUAGAUUCUGAGUAAAAUCAUUGUCAAAAGUGCAUGUUGGAUGUCAUGUUCUUGACAUGUUCCCGGAUUUGUAUAUUUACACUUUAGGCAUGCCUUUAAUUUAAUAUGGUUCUGGUGGUGGAUUUAGGCCAGAGGCCAUGCAAAAGAAUCCUAUUUUUCUUUAUACAACAGGUACAUAAUGAAAA